AUUGAAUAUCCCCGACAUGGCAACGAAUCUGACUGCGAAAAUCGGCCCGUCGAUUUUGAACGCCGACCUGGCGCAGCUUCACGAGGAAUCACAGAAGUUGUUGGACAAUGGUGCAGAUUAUUUACAUCUAGACGUGAUGGACGGUCAUUUCGUUCCUAAUCUUACGUUCGGUCACCCUAUCGUCAAGUGCCUUCGUAGUAAAAUAAAAACCGCCUUCUUCGAGACACAUAUGAUGGUAUCCAAUCCGGAGCAAUGGAUUGAACCCAUGGCUAAUGCUGGUGUAGAUCAGUACACAUUCCACGUAGAGCCAGUAGAGGAUGUUCCAUUAGUUUGUAGGAAAGUAAAGGAAGCAGGAAUGAAGGUCGGCGUGGCACUUAAACCAGGGACACCUGUAAAUAUAGUAACAGAUUAUGUGGACUUGGCAGAUAUGAUCUUAGUAAUGACUGUGGAACCUGGCUUUGGUGGGCAGAAGUUUAUGGAAUCAAUGUUGAAAAAAGUAGCAUGGUUGAGAGAGAAUUAUCCUGGAUUAGAUAUCGAAGUUGAUGGAGGAGUUGGGCCGGCUACAAUUGAAGCUUGUGCAAAAGCUGGUGCUAACAUGAUUGUAUCUGGCACAGCAGUCAUAGGUUCUGCUGAUCAGGCUAAGGUAAUAACGACUCUCAGAGACACAGUAAAUUGUUAUUUGGAGCAUAAUCAUUCAAAAUAGCAACGAGAAAAUACUGUAAAUAUGAAAUAUUUCUAUGAAAAUAAACUUGAUAUAAUUUUCUAUAAAUAUAUAUGUAUAAAGAUUCGUGUAUUUUUGAUACAGUAUCACUUAAAUGAUAAAAUCCAACUUUA